UUUUUCAAAACUCUAAACCAACCAAACUCAAGCUUAAGAUCAAACUUUCUAUAAGAAUAAUCCGUGCGUUCCCAAUACGUACCCAUUUCAGAUCUCAUCCCUGCCUCCCUCAUUUUCCCUCCAGACGCUCUCUUGGUGCAAGAAAAUGCGUGAAAUUCUUCACAUCCAAGGAGGCCAAUGUGGCAACCAAAUUGGAGCGAAGUUCUGGGAAGUGAUUUGUGCCGAGCAUGGCAUUGAUGCUACCGGUAAGUACCAUGGCGAUUCUCAACUCCAGCUUGAAAGGCUCAAUGUCUAUUACAAUGAGGCAAGUGGUGGCAGGUAUGUGCCAAGGGCUGUCCUUAUGGAUCUUGAGCCUGGAACUAUGGAUAGUAUCAGGACUGGUCCUUAUGGCCAGAUUUUUAGACCUGAUAAUUUUGUUUUUGGUCAAUCUGGUGCUGGGAACAACUGGGCUAAGGGCCAUUAUACUGAGGGUGCUGAGUUGAUUGAUUCUGUGCUUGAUGUUGUUCGCAAAGAAGCAGAGAAUUGUGAUUGCCUGCAGGGAUUUCAGGUUUGCCAUUCUCUAGGAGGAGGAACUGGGUCUGGGAUGGGCACUCUUUUGAUCUCCAAAAUCAGAGAGGAGUUCCCAGAUCGAAUGAUGCUAACUUUCUCAGUUUUCCCAUCCCCUAAGGUCUCGGAUACAGUUGUUGAGCCUUACAAUGCGACUCUUUCUGUCCAUCAGCUUGUCGAAAAUGCAGAUGAAUGCAUGGUCCUCGACAAUGAAGCUCUCUAUGAUAUCUGCUUUCGUACCCUUAAGCUCACCACUCCAAGCUUUGGUGAUUUGAACCAUUUGAUUUCUGCUACCAUGUCUGGAGUCACAUGCUGCUUGAGAUUCCCAGGCCAGCUUAACUCUGACUUGAGAAAGCUCGCUGUUAAUCUCAUCCCUUUCCCACGGCUCCAUUUCUUCAUGGUAGGUUUUGCUCCGCUCACCUCCCGUGGCUCCCAGCAAUACAGAGCCCUAACUGUGCCAGAACUCAGCCAGCAAAUGUGGGACGCAAAGAACAUGAUGUGCGCAGCAGAUCCACGCCAUGGCCGUUACUUGACAGCCUCAGCCGUGUUCAGGGGCAAAAUGAGCACCAAAGAAGUUGAUGAGCAGAUGAUUGCUGUUCAAAACAAGAAUUCUUCGUACUUCGUAGAAUGGAUUCCAAACAACGUGAAAUCAACUGUCUGUGACAUUCCUCCAACAGGGCUGAAAAUGGCAUCCACUUUCAUUGGAAACUCAACAUCAAUUCAGGAAAUGUUCCGCCGUGUGAGUGAACAGUUCACAGCCAUGUUCAGGAGGAAGGCUUUCUUGCACUGGUACACUGGGGAAGGUAUGGAUGAGAUGGAGUUCACAGAGGCAGAGAGCAACAUGAAUGAUUUGGUCUCCGAGUAUCAGCAGUACCAAGAUGCCACAGCUUAUGAGGACUACGAAGAGGAAGCAGAGGAAAUUCAUGACAUGUGAUCUUGUUCUUGUCAUAUCAUGUUGGAUGGGUUUGGGUUGAUGGGGUUGUAGUUUUGGAUGUGCAAGUAGUGCAACUUCCUUUGCCAGUCUCUGGCAACAGCAUUGGUAGAUGUAGGCUGCACUAUUGUAUUGCAUAUUGCACCCUCAAAUAAAGGCCGCCAUACUGUGCUUCAAUAA